GAGCCCGCGCCGAGGAAGGCUUUAUGUUGACCAUGAGUCUUGUGAUGAUAAGUGAGAAUGUGAAGCUAGCACGUGAAUAUGCAUUGCUUGGGAAUUAUGAUUCUGCAAUGGUUUACUAUCAGGGAGUACUUGACCAAAUGAGCAAAUAUCUCUCUUCUGUCAAAGAUACGUAUCUUCAGCAGAAAUGGCAACAAGUUAGGCAGGAGAUAAGUAUAGAAGCUAAGCAUGUGAAGGAUAUCAUGAAGACACUAGAAAGUUUUAAAUUAGACAGCACUCCUUUAAAAGCGGCACAUCAGGAAUUACCAGCUCAUGAUGGAGAAGUCUGGUCAUUGCCUGUACCUGCUGAACGUAGAUCUUCACCAGGGCCUAGGAAACGUCAGUCAGCUCAGUGCAGUGAUUGCCGAAACCAAAAUUACCGACCCGGAGCAGCUGCUAGAGUCCUUCAUCGGCCUUCUUCCCGAAAUACUAAUGAUAAAGGCAAAGUUGUUCGUGGCCGGGAAAAGAAAGAUCCAUUAAAUAAAGGAAAAGAGGAAAAAAAUAAGUCCUCAACUGAUAUUUCAGAACCUGAGCCAAAGAAAUUUGAUGGCACUGGAUAUGAUAAAGAUUUAGUAGAAGCUCUAGAAAGAGAUAUCAUUUCCCAAAACCCCAAUGUUCGAUGGGAUGAUAUAGCUGAUUUAGUGGAUGCUAAAAAAUUACUCAAGGAGGCAGUAGUUUUACCCAUGUGGAUGCCAGAAUUUUUUAAAGGGAUCAGAAGGCCUUGGAAGGGUGUAUUGAUGGUCGGUCCUCCUGGCACUGGAAAAACACUGCUUGCAAAAGCCGUAGCUACUGAAUGCAAAACUACCUUUUUCAACAUAUCAUCGUCAACACUCACUUCAAAGUACAGAGGAGAAUCUGAAAAGCUUGUUCGCCUAUUAUUUGAAAUGGCUCGGUUCUAUGCACCAACAACAAUAUUUAUUGAUGAAAUUGAUUCCAUUUGUAGCCGUCGAGGAACUUCUGAGGAACAUGAAGCCAGCCGAAGGGUGAAGGCAGAAUUACUUGUUCAGAUGGAUGGAGUGGGAGGAGCUUCUGAAAAUGAUGAUCCUUCCAAAAUGGUGAUGGUACUUGCUGCUACUAAUUUUCCAUGGGAUAUUGAUGAAGCAUUACGACGACGCCUGGAAAAAAGAAUUUAUAUUCCUUUGCCAUCAGCCAAAGGCAGAGAAGAGCUACUCAGAAUAAAUCUACAGGAAUUGGAACUUGCUGAUGAUGUUAAUCUUGUCAUUAUUGCACAGAAUAUGGAAGGUUAUUCUGGAGCUGACAUUACAAAUGUGUGCAGAGAUGCUUCACUGAUGGCUAUGAGAAGGCGUAUUGAAGGCUUGACACCAGAAGAAAUCAGAAAUCUUUCCAGAGAUGAAAUGCACAUGCCAACAACAAUGGAAGAUUUUGAAAUGGCCUUAAAAAAAGUUUCAAAAUCAGUCUCUGCUGUGGACAUUGAGAAAUAUGAGAAAUGGAUUUUUGAAUUUGGAUCAUGUUAAGUCUUACUACCUUGAGAAAUCUGCCUUAAGUAUUCAAAGAGUUCCAAAAGUAAUGAAAAAGUAGUACUCCUGGGUGCUCAGUGCUAUUUUUUAACUUUUUGUAACAGCAUAUAUAAUAAAGUUAGUUUUUUAAAGUACAGCUCAUUUUUUCCCCUCUUAGUCCAAUUGUCUAGACCAGUUCCCAUUAAAGAUUUUCUGCA